UUCAGGUGAAGCCAGGAAUUAAAGCUAUGGACUUGGCUCUUCAUUGUCCUUGUGCUUACCCGUCGAUCAGCCAAGGAUUCAGGAGAGCUAAAUCAGCCAGUCAUCUUCCUGUUCGAGGGAGAUCCAAGAAAGGAUAUGUUUGUUGCAAUAAACCGUCUGAUAGGCGAACAUCAAACCCGAGUAAAUUGAACCAAGAAGAGAUCAUUUCUCUCUUGAGACGUAUUCAAUCUUCGAUCUCUAAAGGAGAGUCUCGGGGAAUUGAGGAAAAGAUUAACAGCGAUGAGUCUUCUAAGGAAAAGCCGCUGACCAAAGCUAUUCUUGACGUUCUUGAGAAAUCAAGAAAGAAAACUGAGGGAGAUACUAGUAUGAAGAAGGAGCUACCAAAGGGACAAGUAGAGGUUCCUCGAUCACCGACAAAUCUCGCCAAGAAAACCUCUAUACCUUCUGCCUCAGGUCCAAGAGGUAAGCUUCCAGUAUCAAACAGCGAUAAAGCUUUAGGAGAAUUGACAAACAAGGAAGAGAAAGCUUCAUUGAUAGAAACUAUGAAACUUGCAGAGCUCAAAGAAGUUGCAAAGAACAGAGGAAUCAAAGGAUACUCAAAGUUGAGGAAGAGUGAGCUUAUAGAGCUGAUCAGAUCGUCCUGAUUGUGAUUUCAGAGUCCACAUUCUCCCAGACAUGGAAACCAGAUAACAGAUACGGCUUGAAAUUGUUAUAUCCACACAGUUAUUCAUGUGGAGUUAAUACAUUUUCAAGAAUCUCAACCUUGUAAAAGUUUGGUUAUCUCCAUUUCUAGCCUGUGGUCAAACUAAAUUCUGAAAAAGUUU